UUUAGCUCACACGUGAGAAACAUGAUGCAUCAUCCUUGGUGCCCAAAACGCACGCUUGACAGUAGACAGUCAGGGACACUAAAGUCUACACCCCGAAGAGGAAUAUCGUGGCAUCCCAUUUCCACCACCAACACGGUUGAAUUUGAAGGAACGAAAUUGAAAAAUCUUUGCCCCAUUUCGUGGUUUCAUUGCCAGAGAGGUAAAUUGUGAUUCUCUGUUCACUUCAACAAUAUGAUUAGAAUUUGCAACCACCGCAACAAAUUAUUUUUUAAAGGGAUGAUGUUUGUUAGGAUGUACAGUUCUAGUGAACUAACAACAGAGGUUUUAGAUCCAAGGAAAAGAAUUUGUGAAAUAAUGAUAUCUCGCCCAGCAUUAGCUCUUGAUACUGCUCUUAACCAAAGUGGAAUAAGAGUUUCUCCAGAUGUAGUUGAGGAUGUGCUCAAGAGAUUCGAGAAUGCUGGUAUGUUGGCAUAUCGAUUCUUUGAAUGGGCUGGAAAACAACGAAAUUACAUGCACAGUGUCAGGGCUUAUCACAGCAUGAUUGAGUCUCUGGCAAAGAUUAGGCAAUAUCAGAUCAUGUGGGAUCUUGUGAAUUCUAUGAGGAACAAGAGCAUGCUUAAUGUUGAGACAUUUUGCAUUAUAAUGAGAAAGUAUUCCCGGGCUCAGAAGGUGGAGGAGGCAAUUUACACAUUUAACAUCAUGGAGAAAUAUGAUACCACCCCAAAUCUAGCAGCAUUCAAUGGUCUUCUAAGUGCUUUGUGCAAGUCCAGGAAUGUGAGGAAGGCUCAGGAGAUCUUUGACAGUAUGAAGGAUAGGUUUGUUCCUGACCCAAAGACUUACAGUAUAUUGCUUGAGGGAUGGGGAAAGUCUCCAAAUCUGCCCAGGGCAAGGGAGAUUUUCCGAGAAAUGGUUGACAUGGGUUGCAAUCCUGAUAUAGUGACCUAUGGCAUUAUGGUUGACAUCCUUUGCAAGGCAGGGAGAGUUGAUGAAGCUCUUGGAAUUGUUAAGAACAUGGAUACUAGGACAUGCAAGCCAACAUCUUUCAUUUAUAGUGUUUUGGUUCAUACGUAUGGGAUAGAAAACCGGAUUGAAGAUGCUGUAGAUACAUUCUUAGAGAUGGAAAGAAAUGGAAUCAAGCCUGAUGUGGCAGUGUAUAAUGCCUUGAUUAGUGCUUUCUGUAAAACAAACAAGUUAAAGAAUGUGUAUAGGGUCUUAAAUGACAUGGAUUCCAAGGGUGUUACACCGAAUUCAAGGACCUGCAACAUUAUUCUAAACAGCUUGAUUCUCCGUGGAGAGACUGAUGAGGCAUUUAGAAUCUUUCGCAGGAUGAUCAAGGUAUGUGAACCAGAUGCAGACACGUAUACAAUGAUGAUAAAGAUGUUUUGUGAAAGGGACGAGCUAGAGAUGGCUCUUAAAGUGUGGAAGUAUAUGAGGUUGAAGCGGUUUAUCCCAAGCAUGCACACAUUUUCAGUCCUUAUAAAUGGAUUGUGUGAGAAGGGGAAUGUUUCCAAAGCUUGUGUCUUAUUGGAAGAGAUGAUAGAGAAGGGUAUUCGACCAUCGGGUGUGACAUUUGGGAGGUUACGACAGUUGCUUCUAAAGGAAGGAAGAGAAGAUGUACUCAAAUUUCUUCAAGAGAAAAUGAUUCUCCUGGUCAAGGAGCCGUUAUGUGAUUGAGAAGCCAUGGCUAGCAACAUAUCAACACUAGAGCUGCUUAUAUUGUUGAUUAGCAAGUACGUGAUUUGGUGUUGUAAUCCUCGAUACUGCAUGGUGUAAUAAGAGCAAAGAUCAUCCUUUGCAGAUCUUUGUUGAUGGCACCAAGUAAUUACAGAAAUCUAAUCAAUUUGAAAGGGGCAGUCAGUCAUAUCUUCGACUAGGUUGCUAGAAGUACAGCAGCUUCUGAAAAAUGUUCGGAAAGAGAAAAAAUGAAUUUCAAACUGCCUUUGGGUUGGUUCUUGACAAAAGGAAGGUGACAAGUAACUCACACAAACUUGGUAUGUAUUUGUAUGAACUAUGUAAAUCCAUACUUUUGAUGAAACAAUCAAAUGAAAUAAACCAGUAGAUAGCCUUAACUAAGCACUAUCAUAUUUUUCUUGUCUAUAAUGCCUCUGAAACUAUGUCUCCCCAUAUGUAAUCAAACAAAUGGAGUUGAUUUUUCAUA